AUGGUGUUGGAGAGCUUGGGUGUUGAGAAAUACUUGGAGGAGCACAUAGCAUCAACAAACUACCUUCUUCGAGUCAUGAAAUAUAAAGGACCCGAAUCUAGUGAGAACAAGCUUGGGCUGAAUGCCCACACAGAUAAAAACAUAGUGACCAUAUUGUAUCAGAAUCAAGUUGAUGGAUUAGAAGUGCAGACUAAAGAUGGGGAAUGGAUCAAUGUCAAACCUUCACCAGACUCUUUUACAGUCAUGAUCGGAGAUUCUUUUUACGCAUGGGCGAAUGGCCGGUUCCAUUCACCGUACCAUCGGGUUAUGAUGACCGGGUUCGAGACAAGGUACUCUCUGGGAUUGUUUUCAAUUCCAAAAGCAGGCUACAUAAUAAAGGCCCCAGAAGAGCUGGUGGAUGAAGACCACCCCUUACUGUUCAAGGCCUUUGAUCAUGUUGAAUUCCUGGGAUUCUACUACACUGAGGCCGGCCAAAAAGCCAAAUCUGCCCUGCAGACUUAUUGUGGUGUAUGA